CUGUCUUCUAUCUUCUGCACACUUUCUCUCACUACUCUCUCUCCUUUUUCUGCUCCACUUCUUCCCUUCUCUCUUCAUCUCUCUUCAGUCUUCAACAACAUACAAAAUAACAACAGUUUUUAUAAAUAAAAAGAAAAGGACUUUCUCCCUUUCAUUUCCCACUCUCCCUAUCUCUUGUCAUAUCAAAUGUUCCAACCAUCAAUUUCUAUUUCUUCAUUUCCCUCUUCUCUUUAUUCUUCAUCAACUUCUUAAGAAAUCAAAUUUUCCAUGGAAGAAGUUUGGAAAGAUAUCUCCAUAACUUCACUCCCAAACACCCCAAUUCCCCACAUUAUUCAUAAUCAAAAUCCCCAUUUUAAGGGUAUGAUCCUUCAAGAUUUCUUCAAUAGAAAAAACCCAUUAACCAAAUCAUCCAUGGAUCCCCAAAUCAUAAAACCCAAUACUCUAGAAUUUCAGUUCUUUGAGAAUCAUGAAAUGAUGAACCCUAAAACCCAUCAUAAUCAGAAUUUUCAAGUUCAAGGGAAUUCUUCUGUUUCUGGGUUAAUGGGUUUAAAUGAUAAUGAUAUUCCUUCCAUGGAAGUUUUUGCUUCUUCAUCUGGUUUUAAUAAAGGAUUUAAUAAUCAAGUUAAGAAGAAGAGAUUAUCUAUGGAUGGUGGUUGUGAUGAUGAAGAUGAUUCUGUUGAUCGUAGGCAUAAAAGAAUGAUUAAAAAUAGAGAAUCUGCUGCUCGUUCUAGGGCUCGAAAACAGGCGUAUGUAACAGAGCUGGAGUUGGAAGUUGCACAUUUAACAAAAGAAAACGCGAUGCUUAGGAAGCAACAACGGCUGGUAAGAAAUUUUUAAGGAUAAUUAAAAUUGUUGCAUAUUUGAUUUUAUUUACUCCUAUUUAUGAAUAAUAUCCGUUCAACAGCUUUUAUUAAGUCAAAAUUAAGUGAUCUUUUUAGUCCCACUCCCAUGCCAUAAUUAUUGUAGUUUCUGAAAGCAAAUAAGAAUAGAUAAUAAAGUGUACCAUACUUUUCAAAGCUAAAGCUUUUAGGGUACCAAGAAUAAAGUAACCUUUUUUAAGGAAGACUUGUAUUAUCUUUGGAUUUUUUUUUUUUUUUGUUUGCUUUCGAUAUUUUUUAGCAUUUUAUUUUGUUGUUUGAUCAAACAUUGAUUUUGAAUGUGAAAUAGAAAAUUGAUUUGGAAAACGAAACCUAGAAUAAUAAUUCUAACUUUUUUAUGAUUUUCUUAUAAUAAUCUUAUCUAUCGACUGACUAUGAAUUAUUUCAACUUUAUGUGUAUUUAUUUAGAGUAAACUUGGAUAACUUGAUGACCAACUAUAGUAGUAGUUCACCAAAAAAAAACUAAAAAUUAAUUUAUAAUCAGGGGAAAAUAUUAAAAAUUUACAUAAACAGUUCUAAAUAAUAAAUUAAUCAUAAAUUUUUUUAACAUAUUUUUGACAUUUUAUUUUAAUUUAUCUUGUUUUACAAAAAUAAAACUUGCUAUAGCAAGUCAUUUGGUUAUCGAGUUUAUCAUAGUAAAAUACCCUGUUGGAAUUAUUCAUAGUUAAUUAAUAAGUGCGAUUAUUGUAGGAAAAACAUAAAUAGGUUGGAUUAUUUUGGAAAGUUUUCCUUUUGGAAAAUUAUUAUCAAUGUUGAAAAAAUAACAAGUAUGCAAUUCAAUACUCCUUCCGUUCUUUAAUGGUCUUUCCAUUUGAAUAUUCCAAUUUAAGGAGAGAAAAAUUUAAUUAAUGUUUUUGACACAUUUAGAAGAUAAAAUAUAUCCAUGUAAGAUCUCGUUAGAUUUGUCUUAAUGUAUACUUUUUAUUGUAUAUUUUUUAUAAUUUUUUAUUAUGUGUACUCAGAGAUAUUGUGUGAAAAGUAAAUAGAAAAAAAUGCAAAAAUAACAUUUCCUCCACUUUAGAGUAAAUGUGAAAUAGAUUUUGAGUAGACUCUUUUUUUUUUAAUAAAGAUUUUGAUUAGAUUGAAUAUAUACUAAAUCAGUGUGCAUCAAUCAUAAA